GACAGCUUAGCAACGGGGGGCUUUUAAUCAACGAACACAUCCUCCCAAUUAUUAAAGUUUUACUGCCUCUAAACCUGCAUGAAAAAUUCUGAUGUGGUGUAAACCCAUCCCUUCUGUAAACGUUCCUUGAGGGCUAACGUAAAUGGAUUGGAUCAGUGUGGAAGUGACCGUCACGUCAAAAAUGACACAGUGGAUUUCACGGUUUGGGGAAUGAACGGAGAGAGGAUCCUUUGAAAAGAAAUUCAGUGAAUUCGUUCCAAUUGAACGCUUAUUAAAGUCUCUGCCUGGAGCGUGCCCCCCCCAACGAGGUGUGCAACAACUCCACCCUCCAAGCUUGAUCAUGGUAUCGUACUAAAUGGAGUUCUUCACUCAGUUGCACUGUGCCUAUAAGAGUGGAAGACCGAGGAGAUUUUCGGGUAUGAUUGUCCUUGGACUUGACUGCAAGAGAUAUGCCUACAGUUGGUGAUGAAAACUACAACUGCACCAACGUACCAGCACUUCGGACAGGCAUGAAGCAAAGCAUCAUGAAUUCUGAGUGUGGCAGUACUCAAAACCAGCAGAAUCACCUAAGCAACCACAACCAUCAGAAGCACGACUCCAGCAACCAGGAGCUACCACCAGGGCCCGCAAUACCCACGCAUGUCUCUGACCUCCACAUCGAAUACACAAAGAUAUUUAUAAACAAUGAGUGGCAUGAGUCCUGUCAAAAAAGGAAGAUGGCCGUGCACAAUCCAGCGACUGGUGAUCUCAUAUGUGAAGUGGAGGAGGGUGAUAAAGAGGACAUUGACAAAGCUGUUAAACAUGCCAGAGAGGCAUUUCAGCUGGGGUCGCCAUGGAGACGGAUGGACGCAUCAGAAAGAGGCUAUUUGCUCAACAAGUUGGCAGACCUUGUGGAGAGAGACCAGCAGAUACUAGCAACCAUGGAAACUAUUAACUCUGGUAAGCUCUUCCUGGUGGCCUACUUUGUUGACCUUGUGGCUACUAUAAAGACUCUGAGAUACUAUGCAGGCUGGGCAGACAAGAUUCAAGGGAAGACCAUUCCUGUUGAUGGAGACUAUUUCACCUUUACUCGACAUGAACCCAUUGGAGUGUGUGGUCAAAUUAUUCCUUGGAACUUCCCCCUGAUGAUGUUCGCGUGGAAGAUUGGCCCAGCCUUGUGUUGUGGAAACACUGUCGUCAUCAAGCCAGCUGAGCAGACGCCUCUGACUGCCCUCCACAUGGCCAAGCUCAUAAAAGAGGCUGGCUUCCCUCCUGGGGUUGUUAAUGUGGUGCCAGGAUACGGGCCAACUGCAGGGCAUGCCAUUGCCUAUCACUCAGACAUCAACAAAGUGGCUUUCACUGGAUCUACACAGGUGGGGAAACUCAUCCAGAGGGCUGCUGGUGACACUAAUCUCAAACGCGUCACACUGGAACUGGGGGGCAAAAACCCCAACAUUGUCUUUGCAGAUUCCGAUUUGGAAUACGCUGUGCAGCAGGCGCAUCACGGCCUCUUCUUUAACCAGGGCCAGUGCUGCCUGGCCGGCUCCAGGGUGUUCGUGGAGGAGCCGGUCUAUGAGGAAUUUGUACGCUGUAGUGUGGAGAUGGCCCAGAGGAAAGUGCUGGGGAACCCCCUAGAUCCGAGGGUGGACCAAGGACCACAGAUUGACAAGAAGCAGUUUGAUAAGAUCCUGGAGCUGAUUGAGAGCGGGAGGAGGGAAGGGGCCAAACUGGAGUGUGGAGGAGGCCCCUGGGGCCAGAAGGGCUUCUUCAUCCAGCCAACGGUCUUCUCGGACGUCAGAGACGACAUGCGCAUCGCCAGAGAGGAGAUUUUCGGACCUGUUCUGCUGAUAAUGAAGUUUCGCAGUGUCGAGGAGGUCAUUCAGAGGGCCAAUGACACACAGUAUGGCCUGGCAGCUGGGGUUUUCACCAGCGACAUCAGUAAAGCGCUCACCAUCACAUCAGCUCUGCAAGCAGGAACAGUGUGGGUGAACUGCUACAAUGCAAUGAGUACCCAGUGUCCAUUUGGUGGGUUUAAGAUGUCAGGAAAUGGGAGAGAAUUGGGCGAGUACAGUUUACAGGAAUACACAGAGAUAAAGGCUGUUACUGUCAAGAUCUCUCAGAAAAACUCCUGAAGGCCGUGAUCAACAUUUGCAAUGACGCUUCACAGGACAUCCUGUGCCUUUGAGGACAUGCGUUCAUCUUCCUCGUCCAGAUAGGGAAGCAUCAUACCUGGCUGGUCUAGUCAUUACACUCCUCCAAAUACUCACUGUUACAGUCCUACAUCAUAUUUGUUGCAUGAUUUCAAUCUUGGGACUUCUGCUUUCAUUAGUCACAUAUUAUAUUACAUGAGAAGAAUAAUCUGCAUUAACUCUAUGACGAGGCUAUUCAUUUCAAAUAAUCACUCGGGGGAGAUGCAAAAUGUUGUUAGAUGUCAUGAGAUAAAAAAAAAUCUAUAGGCAUAGCAGACAUAGUUCUACCUAUUCAGUCAGACAUUGUUAACAUACUGAAUACAGAAUAGAAUACAGAGUGGAAUGUAAGUGUCGUACUGAAGCCGGUGGUGUAUAUAUGCCCCUGACCAGAUCUAAAGGGAGUUGUUCUGUAAAUACUUUUGUGUUCUGUGGUGAAUGUUAUGUAUUUGGUUGUCAGUGGAAGAUUUAAACAGUCAAUUUGAUCAUAUUCAGAUGGUGUCUUGUAUAGUAUACAUCGUUAUCAUUGCCAACUGACACCGUUUACUCAACCUGUUCAUUCUGAUUCCUGUUUCACUGCACAUGAUUGUUCAAUAAACAUUAUAGCUUA